AAACACAUUGGAGCGUAAGCGUGGUGCGGUUUUAAUUCAGCUGCACCAACACCACCACCACCACCACUACACAGUUGCAUCUAAUGCAACGGAUGCACCGAUUCAGCCGACCGCGCGAAUACACACUAUUUUUGCAUCCCAAAACUAACCACAUCAUUUGAGUGUGUGCACGUACGAAUGUACGAAUACGUGUAUGUGUUUGCGUGUGUAUGUGGCAGCUGCAGUCCGGUGCAGUAUGCUAUGACCGAAACGCUCUAUCGUUUCAGUAGUGUUGAAACGGUUGCACUGAUCCGAUCGCUCAUAGCAAAUAUCGCCAUCGCAGGAUGAUCAAAACAGGAAUGGGAUCACUAGUGCCGCGACUUCUCCGGCAGCAGACUGCAGCAGCCCAAAGCACGGUAGUGUCGGUGAAAAAUUAUGCAACCGAGGCAACGUUCGAGACAAAGCCCUUCAAGCUGCACAAUCUUAAGGAAGGGCCAGCUACCUCCUGCAAGGUGACCAGGGAUGAAGCCAUCAAGUAUUACCGCCAGAUGCAAACGAUCCGCCGGUUGGAAACGUCGGCCGGUAACCUCUACAAGGAGAAGCUGGUGCGUGGCUUCUGCCAUCUUUACUCCGGCCAGGAGGCAUGUGCCGUCGGUAUGAAGGGUGCGAUGCGACCCCAGGACAACAUCAUUUCCGCGUACCGAGUGCACGGUUGGACGUACCUGAUGGGGGUAUCGCCGAAGGGUGUGCUGUCGGAGCUGACCGGCAAGCAGGGUGGCUGUGCCCGCGGCAAGGGUGGUUCGAUGCACAUGUACGCACCGAAUUUCUACGGUGGCAACGGAAUCGUUGGCGCACAGGUCCCGCUCGGUGCCGGUGUUGCCUUGGCCUGCAAGUACAAGGGCAAUGAAGGCGUUUGUCUGGCGCUGUACGGUGAUGGUGCCGCUAACCAGGGCCAAAUCUUCGAGGCCUACAAUAUGGCCCACCUGUGGAAACUGCCGUGCAUAUUUGUGUGCGAAAACAAUGGUUAUGGAAUGGGAACCAGCGCCGAGCGCGGUUCUUGCAACGUGAAUUAUUACCAACGUGGAGACGUCCUUCCGGGAAUUUGGGUGGAUGGUAUGGAUGUCGUUGCGGUACGUCUUGCCACAGAAUUUGCCAUCAAUCACGUGCUAAACAUUGGCCCGGUUGUGAUGGAGGUGUAUACUUACCGCUACUCGGGACACUCCAUGUCCGAUCCGGGCACGAGCUACCGUGCGCGUGAAGAAGUACAGGAAGUGCGUCAAACGCGCGAUCCCAUCUCCUCGUUUAAGGAUAAGAUGCUCGCCGCAGGGCUAGCGGCAGCCGAUGAACUCAAGGCCAUGGACAACGAGAUUAAGAAGGAAGUGGACGAAGCAACGAAACAAGCGAAAGCAGACUCCGAAAUUGGUCUGCCCGAACUUACGACCGAUGUUUACUCAAACAAUCUGGAGGGCGACAUCCGUGGCUGCCUUCCCAGCUCGUGGCUUAAGCACUCUACUCUAAAGCGCGCCGUAAACCUGUAACGCGCCCAAUUCGGCGGACCCCACUUCAAGUGACCUUUAACGUGGAAAAACUACCAAAUACAAUAUAGUCUUACGGUCUACAUUCACUUUUCAUCUA